AUGGCCGUGUCUUCUCCCCCGAGCAUUCCCGCAACUUCCAACCCCGGAGGAGGCGGCGGUAGCAGCAGCAGCGGAGCCGCCGGGGGAAGCGGCGGAGGUUGCAGCAGCAGCGGUGGAAGCAGCAGCAGCAGCAUCAGCACCACCAGCAGCAGCGGCGGCGGCGGCGCGGGGGUCUCGGCCGGUUUGUUCCGGGCGGACCCUCUUUAUUCCCCCAGCCCCUCCGAGUCUCCGAGGCUGGCCGGCGGCGGCGGCGGCGGAGGGAGCAGCGGGAGCAGCAGCGGCGGUGCUGCCAGUAGUCUCAUCCACGGCUUCAUCUCCAACGCGGCGCCCGCGGGCGUCGGAGGGGUGGGGGUGGCGGUCGGCGUCGGAGGAGGAGGAGCGGGGGUCCCCGGGGCAUCGGCGUCGGCUCCGCUGGUGGGCAACGAGUGCAAGAUGGUGGACCUGCACGGGGUGAAAGUGGCCUCCUUCGUGGUGGACGGGCAGGAGCUGAUCUGCCUGCCGCAGGUCUUCGACCUCUUCCUCAAGCACCUGGUCGGCGGGCUCCACACCGUCUACACCAAGCUGAAGCGGCUGGACAUCGCGCCCGUGGUUUGCACCGUGGAGCAAGUGCGCAUCCUGCGCGGGCUGGGCGCCAUCCAGCCGGGCGUCAACCGGUGCAAGCUCAUCACGCGCAAAGACUUCGAAACUUUGUACAGCGACUGCACCAACGCCAGUUCACGACCGGGGAGACCCCCCAAGCGAUCUCUGGGGGUUGCGAUACAAGAGAACACGCGCUUGCUUCCCCACGGAGUGCCGGGCCUCUUAUCGCCGGGGCUUAUCUCCCCAACAGACAUAAGGACUUUGUUUUUCCCUGAUGAAAGCCACGUAAAGUUUGCAGAGCUCAAGACUCUUCAAAUACAAGGCCUCACAGCCAUGGCUGAAGCAAUGAAGUUGCAGAAGAUUAAGCUGAUGGCCAUGAACAGCCUCCAUGGAAGCGGAAGUCAGAAUGGGACCGAGUCGGAGAACGAAGAACUGAAUUCAAAUGCAGGUGGAAGUGAAUCCUCAUGGGAUAAAGAGAAGCUUCAGUCGCCGAUCCCGACAGGAUCUCAUCAUGGGAUUAGCCACGCAACACUGUCAGGGCAGGCCAAUUUGGGGAGCGCUCACCCACUUAGUCCUCUGCAGCAGAACCAUCUGCUCACAAACAGGAUAGACCUGCCAUUUAUGAUGAUGCCCCAUCCUCUUCUUCCGGUUGGCCUGCCUCCUGCUUCGGUAGCAAUGGCCAUGAAUCAAAUGAACCAUCUCAAUACUAUCGCCAACAUGGCUGCAGCAGCCCAGAUGCACAGCCCACUUUCAAGAGCCGGAGCAUCGGUAAUUAAGGAAAGGAUCCAAGACAGCCCUUCGCCUGCUCCAUCUGUAGAAGAGGGCCAGCGACCCGGAAGUCAUGCCUCUUCACACCAGAGCAGCAGUGUUUCAAGUUCUCCAUCCCAAAUUGACAACACACCAGAUAGAAUUGGUCUGUUAUCAAAUAUUAGAGAAGGAGAAGCAAUAGAUCAAGAAUCUGGACCCAACCCCAAAAAACUCUCAAAGGAGAAAGAAGAAGUCCAGAUCGCCAUCCCAGUACUCAAACCAACCCUAGAAAAGGUCCAACUGGCCGGGCAGACUUUGCCCCCUGGAUUUCCAGCACCGUUCCUCUUUGCUGAUGGGCUGUCUUCAGUGGAAACUCUAUUAACCAAUAUUCAGGGGUUGCUGAAAGUCGCCGUAGAUAACGCCCGAGUGCAGGAAAAGCAAAUCCAGCAGGAGAAGAAAGAACUAAAGAUGGAGCUUUGCAGAGAAAGAGAAUUGAGAGAGAACCUGGAAAGGCAGCUGACAGCUGAGCUGCAAAGCAGAGCCACGAUUCAAAAGCGCUUGAAAAAGGAGAAGAAAGCAAAGAGGAAAUUGCAGGAAGCUCUGGAGUUCGAAUCGAAGCGGAGAGAGCAGGUGGAACAAGCACUGAAGCAGGCUACGACAGGGGAUGGUCUCAGGAUGCUGAACGAUGCUGGGAUUCCGGAAAUGGAAGUUGACCACAACGGCACUCAACAUGAGAACGCGGCAAUGCAAGAAAACAGAACAUACAUCAAACCAACCAUUAUGUACUGAAGAUGCCUAAUUUGACAUGUUUGUG